AAGAACAGGGGACAGAGUGAAGAAAAGACUGCAUUUUUUUUUCGUGCGACACGCGAUGAUUCCUGUGCUGCUGCUGAUUUUCGUGACCUCAUCGUCAAUGUCGUCAGUGAUGACGUCCGGAAACCGAGGUCAAGUGCACGUCAGCGACGCGUUGUACCUGAAAAGCGACCCGAUCCAGAUCCUGACUGCGGACACGUUCAACAAGAACGUGCUUCGCAGCAAAACAGCCUGGAUUGUUGAGUUUUACAGCACCUGGUGUGGUCAUUGCAGAAACUAUGCUGCUACUUGGAAGCAACUGGCUGUUCAGGUUUAUGGUUGGCGGAAAGUGAUUCGUCUAGGAGCUAUUGAUUGCGCCGAUGAGCGGAAUACGCCGAUUUGCCGCACGUAUCAGGUCAUCGGGUACCCGACGAUUCUUCUUUUCCCGCCGGGUUUGACCUCGAAAAAGUACCUGGGCGUUGAAAUGAUUGGCGCUGCUCGUCACAGUGUCAGGGAAUUGCGUCGCAAAAUGGCAGACUACGUGGAAGAGGUCAAGCUCAAGUACGACAUCGAGCACUUCCCGUCACUCGAAUUUUUCCAGAAUGAAACAUUACCAGCGCAGAAAGAUGGAAAUGAGACCCGAGUGCUGAUUUUCGAAGUGGAUGGAGACGAAUUGGGUCGAGGCGUGAUUUUGGACACUAGUCUUUUCAGUGGCAUCCGCGCGUGGCGCGUGAGGAUGACCAGCCCCCUGGCGGCAGCAUUCGGAGUUAAAUCUGCUCCUGUGGUCAUCAUACUGGACAGCAACAACCACGCAGCAAAAGUGAUGGACGGUUUGAGUCUAAGCACGAGCGCAUUGGUGGAUGCGCUGCGAGGACAGAUCGGUGGGGACGACCUGAAGGAAACGGCGCCCACGUACAACGUCGACCCGACGGCGGCCACGUUAGGAGUCGGUGGCGGUGCAGAGAUUGGCAGCAGGAGUGGCGUUCGUGGUAACGACGACGACCAUGACGUGAUGGACGGUUUGAGUCUAAGCACGAGCGCAUUGGUGGAUGCGCUGCGAGGACAAAUCGGCGGGGACGCCCUGAAGGAAACGGCGCCCACGUACAACGUCGACCCGACGGCGGCCACGUUAGGAGUCGGUGGCGGUGCGGAGGUUGGCAGCAGGAGUGGCGUUCGUGGUAACGACGACGACCAUGACGACUUUGACAACGAGGAGUUCGUAGUGUACGAGCGCGUGAUUUACCAGGCGGACUUGACCAACGCCCUCAAGUACUCUCUUCAACACGAGGUGGCGCUGCAUCCGAACCUGACCGGCGAGUCCCUCACAGCGCUGCGGGGUUUCCUGCGCGUCAUGAGCACCCACUUCCCGGAACCCCGGGUUCGGGACUCCUUGGCUGCCCUGGGGUCCUGGGUAGUGCCGCCCAGAGAGUCAGUGUCGGCCGACGAGUGGACGGGCUUCUUCGACGCGUUGGACACGACGCGACGCGGGUUGCCGCCGGCUGUCGAGUACGUGGGCUGUCGCGGCAGCUCGCGACAGUACCGCGGGUACCCCUGCGGCUUGUGGACGCUGUACCAUGUGCUCACUGUGGAUGCCUUUCGGAUGGAGCAGGAGGACCUGGCCAGGGGUUCAUCAUCGGCAUCAUCCCCUGCAGCAGGAGAGAUUCAACCCCAGAUUCUUGAAAAACACGCAAACGGAUCAAAUGACGAGGUGUACAUCGGGGAACUAGCCAAUCACAGCCAUGGCUCGAGAAAGAGACCUCUGGGAUUGGACGUUUUGCGCAGUCUCGUUGCUUUCAUCCGCAAUUUCUUCAGCUGCAAAUAUUGCUCGCGACACUUUCAAGAAAUGGCGACUGAAAGUCUGCACCAAGUCACCGACUCCAGAGGCGCCGUCAUGUGGCUUUGGUCGGCUCACAAUAAAGUAAACAAGAGACUGGCGGGUGAUGUUUCCGAAGACCCGCGGUACCCAAAGGUGCAGUUCCCCCCGGAGGACCUGUGUUGGGGUUGCAUGAACCAGGCCAAGGGAACCUGGGACGAAGACAAGGUCUUCAACUUCCUCAGGAAGUACUACGGGGCAGAAAACAUCGUCAAUUCGAACCGGAAACUCACGAGUGUCAUUGUCCUGGGCAACGACGACCGCUUUGAACUAACCAGUGGCUCAAGUAAAACCCGACCCAAUAUUCUUGCAAAAGUCACGGUUUUCGGACUCAUUUUUCUCGUGAAUUAUCUCAAGUACGCUGUGAGUUGAAAUGCACAUACUGUAUAAACUGCACAGAAAUAUUUUCAAAGGAAAUAAUUAUUUUGUAAAACGUACGAGAGUAAAUUUCUGCAACAACGGUGAAAAUUUCUUCACUGUCAAUUCGACUAAACGCCUAAAAGAAAAUUGUGUUUGCUUUUUGACGAAGAUCGAAGGUAUUCUUUUAAGUAUUUCUGAUAGACUUCGUAUAAAUGGAACGAGUGUUUUUGUGUGUGUUGUUUGUUAAAAAGGUUCUGGUUUUGAGUGGCUUUUACUUCGGUUACUCAAAAUAGUAAAAAAGCUUUAAAAGAAUAAAUCGCUUUUUACGACGCAUCGGAAAAUUCUGCGGAAUUGAAAGUCUUCCUGACUGCGUACUUUCCCCCUAUUUGCCUGGAUUUAUUUCAUUUUGUAAUUCGAGUGAAAGUUCUCUAAAAAUAGCUCUGAUUGUCGUCGCUUGGGAAGUAUUUUUUUAGAACGGGAAAUUUCAGCAAAUAUUGUACACGAAAAGUUUAUUUGUUGGCUGUAAAAUUUUUCGGAAUCGAACGCUCAGUGGAAAGGUUUUUAUUUUCGUAUCGCAAGAGUUUUCUCAGAAGAAAAAAACAAUUUGCUUUCGAUUCUCACAAGUGCGAGAACCUGAUAGAAUUAUGCAAAUUUGACGGGUGCAAUGUUUAACCUUUUUUUUUUCGUUCGUUUCACGGUGAAAAAUUGAAUGAGGAUUGGAAGGGGGGAAAGCAUACGUGAGUACUUGUGUUGAUCAGAGAAAAGAAAGUUCGCUGCACGUUUCAUUUUUUAUUGAUUCAGUGCUUAUUAUUCUUCAUUUAUUUAUUCAUUUUUUUUUCUCGGAUCAGUUUCUCCCACGAACGAACGCUGAUGAUUGUUGAGAGAGGGGACACUUUUUUUUUUAACUGACUAUCGACGAAGAAAAAUUAUUCGGGCGAAUGUCGAUUUCCGGUUUUGCGGUGAAACAUGGGAAUUAAUUUUUAAUAUUCGCGGGGACGAAAAAAAUAUUCACGAAAAGUCAGCUUACGAAUUCUGGAAUACUUUUGAUUUGUUCAAAAAACUGUAUUUAGCGAGGUUCCCUAAUUUUUUAGAGAGGAUUUUUUUCAGAAUCUUCACAAACGUUGAUCGGAAGCGAUUUAUGAAAAUGUUUUUUCGUUUUUGUGAUGCAGCGGAUGAUUUUUAUUGCGUGGCGAUUGUGAAAAAUUAUAUUCAUGAGCGAUUUUCGCGAAAGCAAUUCCUUUUUUUUUAAAUCGAUUGCAUUCGUUUCAGCACAGGAUUUGAAAAAAAAUUUGAAAUAUAAACACUGCUGCUCAUUUUCAAGCAUUGAAAGA